AUGAAGAAGCUGAGGCCUGUGACAUUCCUGGGUGAAGGCCUUCAAGCUACCUUGACCAUCAAGCUAGAUCUGAGACGCUAUGGACCAUUUAAAGAGUGCAAAGGGGCCUGCAAAGCUGAUCCCUUCUUCCCUCUGCUGGCCACAUCUGUACUGUGGGCCCUGCAUCUGUCCUACCACCCGCUCCCGAGGCCAUCCAUGUAUGCAAAGGGGGCUGGAUGUCGGUGCUGUGGCAGCCUGAAGGCCUUCUUCCCCCAUUUCUCCUCCCCUCGAAGCCAGGGUAGGAUCAAGGGUCAAGAGACUGUGGGCCAGCUGUUCCCAGAUGUGGAUCAAGGCACCUCCCCUUUCUGGAGGAAUGACAAGCCUCCUGCAGAGGAGGGGGCGGUGGAGAGGCGGUUUCUCCGCAUACGUGUGACCGCCGGGCGCCGGGCACAAUCGAAGGUGUUCGAGGGCUGCGUCCAUGAGUCGAGGAGCGCGCCGAGCGGGACGCCGAGCGUGUGCGCGGGAGGCACCGGUCGCGCGGUGCGUGAGUGCGCGUGUACGCGGGGCGCGUGCCCCUCAGUUCUCAAGGACACCUCCGAGAGGAGGCGGCAGAGCCGGUGUCCGGGUGACGUCACCGCGCGCCCCAGUGAUAAUCGCCCGGUGCCGGAGCCGAGCGCGGAUACGAGCGGAGGCAGCGGCGGCAGCGGCGAGCGCGGGGACGGUUGCACCCGGGCUGGGCCAGGAGAGUGGGAGUCGGACUCCCGCAGUGCCGACCUCGCGGACGCUGGGCUCCCAGCCGGCCCUCGGGAAUUUGCCCGGCUUCCUUGGCGAUGUCCCUGCGCUCUCCUCCACCCCGGGCCGUGGCGUACGGGUCCUGCGGGCGCCAAGGAGGAGGCGGAGGCGGGAGCGGGCGACAGCGCGGGCGGUGCUGCGGAGCGGAGGCGACGGCAGCCGACGAGCAGCAGGCGGCGGCGGCGGCUCGCGCCCGGACGGGUAACUGCGCUGGCGGCCCCGGCCGGGGCGAGCCGGCAAGCGGCCUCUCGGGUCACUCCGUCUUUCUCUCCUCGAGCAGCUUCUAGCCGGUCUGAGCCGCAAGGGAAGAGAGCUCAGCGGGUUGUAAAAAAGAGACUGCUUUUCAUCUCCGAACAUCGAGGUUCUUUAUUUUCACCGCAUUCACGCGCUCCUAGUGGGGUCCGGAAGAUAAGCCAGGGAAGGGCAGCUGCGGAGAGGUUUGCGCCGCCGGGGUGGAGCGGGCUCUGCACCCCUCAGAAGACCGCGGAAGGCCGGAGCAUGGGCACGCUCACCCCGGCCGGCUCCUGCAUCUCUCUCGCUGCGGUUCCGAGGGGUCCCUGCUGCAGGGACGCCUCAAGGGAUUUGCCUAGGCCCUUCUCUACCUCGGGGAGGGGAAGGAGAGAGGGCUCCUCGGAGUUGGGGGCGGACCAGGGCUGCACUGCCAGCUUAGCGCGGAGCCCCGCCCCGCCCGCCCCGCCGCGAAGAAGCUGGAGCGUUCGCGCCCCUCAGGCUAGGACCCCACGCAAGCCGCAGCCCCGGCCCCGACCUGGCCCAGCCGCUCGCCGCCCGCCGCAGCCCUGAGGGCCCCUCUGCGUGUUCACAGCGGACCUUGAUUUAAUGUCUAUACAAUUAAGGCACGCGGUGAAUGCCAAGAGAGGCGCCUCCGCCGCUCCUUUCUCAUGGAAAUAGCCCGCGAGCCCGGCCGGCGCGGCGCCCCUCCCGCGGGAAAAAGGCGAGCCCCGGCCCCCGGCGGCCCCUCGCUCCGCGGACAAAUCCGGCGAACAAUGCGCCCGCCCAGAGGGCGGCCCAGCUGCCGGGCCGGGGAUCUGGCCGCAGGACACAAAGGGGCCCGCAUGCCUAG